AUGACCUGCCAGCAGGUCUUCGAUUUCGGAAACCAGUUGAUCAAGGCUGAUGUUUGCAUCAUUGAGUCAGACGCUGGUGAAGUCCAAGAAAAGGAAACUACAACUUAUGCCUUAAAAACCAUGAUGUCAGUCCUCUUCUGGUUGGCGUUGUGCGAACCUCCAGUGAAAACAAAGCCAGGAAUAGUUAAUGGCAAAACUAACACAGUGAUGUUUAGGGACAAACAGUUUGUUGUAAUGGAAUUCCUCGGAGUUCCGUAUGCAAAACCACCCAUGGGUGAGUUGAGAUUUCAAAGACCUCAACCAUAUGGAGCGUACCAACAACCAGUUGAUGAGACGAACUAUGGAUUGUCUUGUCCACAAGCGAAAAUAAAGGAUACUAGUAUUAACAUUGGAGGGCGCUCGGACAACGAAGAUUGCUUAUUUUUGAAUUUAUUUGUUCCUGCAAAUAAGUCCGACACUGGUGCGCAUCAUGCUCUGAUGGUGUGGAUGAUUCAUGGGGGAGGGUAUACGAAUGGUGAUGGUAACAUGACGACUGGGACUGUCUUGGCAGGUUAUGGAAACGUCAUAGUUGUUACAAUCAACUAUCGCCUAGGAAUGUUCGGGUUUCUGAACGUCGGAGAUGAGAGAGUAAAAGGAAAUAUGGGACUGUGGGAUCAACGACUGGCUUUUAAAUGGGUUAACGAGAAUGUUGACGCUUUUGGUGGUGACCCCAGCAGAAUCACUAUAUUUGGUGAAUCAUCUGGAGCCAUGGGUGCUCAUCUACACUCGCUUUAUCCGGAAAAUCGAGGUCUAUUUCAAAAGGUUAUAUCCGAAAGUGGAACAGCGACAUUUCCGAUUCCUGUUGAAAGUGGCAAUAUACCGGCCGCUCGCAUAUUUACUGAACAGCUUGAAUGUCGUACCGACACGAAUGAUGAUAUUGUCCAGUGUUUGAAGUCCGUAGACACGGAAAGGUUCAUAGACGUGGCAGAGGUGAUUACAGAUAAUCCAACUCUUUCACACCAGAAAAGCGUAUUUUCAAUCUUCCGAAAUGGAUCACACAGCUACACAUGGAGAAGAAUUAUCUUAGGUAUUAAUUUUGGAUAUCAUUUGGACAAUGAAAAAUGGUUUAAUGCAACUAAUUACCAGCCACCGGAAAGGAAACUGAAUGUUUCUGAACGCGUGAUGACUUAUUGGACCAAUUUUGCGAAAUUUGGGGAUCCAAAUGGAGAUGGGCCAGUCAUCUGGCCUAAAUACACCCUUGAGACAAUGCAGCACUUAGUUAUUGAUGAGGAAGACUCGAUCGGACAAAGGUUAUACACGAAGGAGUAUCAGUUUUGGCGCGAGACUGUUCCCGCUCUUUUAGAGGCAAUCGAAAAUGGUGCGCAUGCAGGUGAUUCCAUUCGGAUCUCCUCGGCCGGCUUUAUCGAGAACAACCUCGGAUGGAAUCUCGGAUGUAUACUCAAAAAGUGGAACGUUUAAGUCCGCUGCAAGUAGAUCGCGUAUUAAUUUUAUUUAGCAGUUAAACUUUAUGACUUUACUCGUGUGAAUCUUAACUAUGUUUGCAAUAAUACACUU